AUUUAUAGCUCGCUAAACAAAUACAGUUGUCCUCACCGUCACAGGUACACAAUAGCUAUAAAUUAUCUCUUGCUGUACUCGCUUUAAUUCACAUUAGACCUACAUAGCGACUUUAUCAGAUUGACGGGUGGAUUCGAUUGAUGUGUUUGUCAUGUAAAUACGAAUCGUUUGAUGGACACCUGCAACGCCCAGAGUGCUACCGCAGGUCGCACACUAUUGGCGCAAAAUUAGUCACAUGAUCUGUCACUUAACUGAUAUGAGCUCAGAUACAACUUUGCGUGGUUUGACAUACUGCUUAGAGGUUGUAGGGGCACUGGGACCACACAUCAGCUCAUAUUGACCCUGCUUAAUCAAUUUUGCUUGGUCAGUCAACAAUGAAUUCUUACUUAGAUUAUACGAUUUAUAACCGUGGUUCUAACACUUAUAGUUCGAAAGUUGGGUGUUUUCCUGUAGAGCAAGAAUACUUGCCAAGUGCUUGUGCAAGUACAAAUAGUUACAUUCCCGAGGGACGGCCAGUCGGAGGAAACACUUUCACAUCGGCACCGCACGAAACUCAUGGCACAUCUUACGCACAAAUUCAAUCGCAGCCCUUCCACCUCAACGUGGACAUGGGUAAAACAGGACACAGCAAUUUCUGCAAGCAAACCAGACCUCCUCAUUCGGACUAUGGACAUCAACACGUUCUCACUCAAGCAGAUGACCACAUGCGCCUUCAGUCCCCUGGCUUUUCCGUCGUGAAUAUGGGAGCCAAUAUUGGAACUUACAGUGAAUCAAACUGCAGGCCUGGCUCGGUCUCUGCAAGCCACUAUCAAUCAUAUGCAUAUGGAGAACCCGAACCACACGGCUAUGGUUCGUUCAGCAAGUAUCAGGUCUCCCCUGACAGUGACAGCGACUCCAAGACGAACAUUAAACAAGCGCCAACCUUUGACUGGAUGAAAGUCAAGAGGAAUCCCCCUAAAACAGUUAAAGUCGCCGAAUACGGAAUCCAUGGCCAGCAGAACAUAAUACGCACCAAUUUCACCACCAAGCAGCUCACGGAACUUGAGAAGGAGUUUCACUUCAACAAAUACUUGACCAGAGCGCGCAGAGUGGAGGUGGCCGCCACACUCGAACUGAACGAAACGCAGGUUAAAAUCUGGUUUCAGAAUCGCAGAAUGAAGCAGAAGAAGCGCGAGAAGGAAGGCACGGCCCCGGUGAUUAAAAGAGUAACCCUUUGCUCUUCUGGUCAAAACGCAGACCACUCAACUAGCUCAUCGCCUGGUGCUUCGCCUACCUCGGACUCUUCCACUGCAAUUUGAUGAGUGCCAGACUUUCGUUUCGUUGCUGGAGGACUAUUUAACUUAUUCUGUCGUAGAAAAAAAUAUUGUUUACGUGCUAUUUGUGUUUUUGUGCUGCAUUAGAACUACUAAAUAGAUGCAUUAACAGGGUAUAUGCUUAACGUUCAAAUGUUCUUUUUCUUGUUGUUGUCGUCCGGUCAAUUAUUUUGCACUACAGAUUCAUUCCUCUGUUGAAAGAGUAAUAAAAUGUGAAAAAGACUGACAUGUUUAUGUAUUUCGAAUAUAUUCGGACCUGUGACCUGAUAAAUAAAUAUUUUAUUUUUCUGAAA